CUCCAGAUUCACACACAACAGAAAAAGACACAAGAAGCUACUGUAGGCAUGGACACGUACUGAAGAUUUAGCAGUUACUGCAAAAGAAUUAAACAAUGUGCUGAAUCAGAUACAGUAUAUUUGGAUUACGCUUGAAAGCUGAAGAUUUUUUCAACAGGACGCUGGGGGUAAGACUGUUCGGUCUGCCUCGGACCUCUGUGCUUCAAAUGUUCUUGAACUCUAUGCUUGUGGUCAUAACGGACCUGGCGGCUGCACUGCUGGGCAAUGUAUUAUUUCGCCGCCAUUUCCAUUUGUUUCUGUCAGCCAUGGUCCUGUUUGGACCCUUGCUGAACUUAUGGGUAUCCCACUAUAGUGUUUUUGCAAAAAGAAGCCAUUAUCUUUACAGAGUUUUUCUCCGAUCAGGCUGGGGGUGGACCUGUAUCUUUGUAGGCUCCUUUGUCUUCCUCCUGUCUUUAUCUGUGCGGCGCUCCUUAACACUCACUCUGAGGCAUCUCUCACGGCUGGCUGUGGCAGGGGGGCUGUGGUUGGGCUUUCGAAAGUUGCUAAGCGUGCUGGAGAAUGCCACAGGGAGUUGCUACGAGCGCCUAUCUGGAUCUCAAGAGCAUGCAGUCGGGUCAGAAGUCCAGCCUUUAUUGCUGUUACGAGAGGGUGAGACAAAGGCUGGUUGCAUCAGCUCCGGCAUGCUAUGGCGGGGCUACGAGGUCUCUGAGGACAUUUUCCUGCUUUCUUUUUGUUGCCUGCUGCUGGCUGAGGAGAUGGCUGUGUUUGGGCCCUAUCUGAGCUUGGGUGGUAUGUCUGGAGCACCCCUGCGCAUUCUCUUCUUAUUCUGUGUACUGCUGCUGAGUCUCUGGUUGUUUCUACUGUUCUGCCUACUUGCUUAUUUUCCUCAAUUCCCAAAUCAGCUCUUGGGAGGUGCUCUGGGUUGCCUGAGCUGGAGGGCAACGUACCAGGGCUGGUACCAUUUGGGACCAAACUGGUACUGCCCUGGGAGGCCAGGUGUGGGUCUUCUGACAACAUAGGUACAAAUACAUUUGUUAAUAA